AUGGUGGUGAUUGAGUUACACAGCCUGAGGUCUUAUACACAAAGAAACUGGUGCACACUUGGACAGAUUGAUGGGGAUGUUGGGAUUAGACAAUUACUUAGCUUGAUAUGCGAUGAAUAUAUUGUUGUUAACAUUUAUGUUGUGGAUGAAUGUGAGAUCCCUAUUCAUGAUAUCCCUAAUAUUGUACACCAUAAAGAAUCAUACACCCACGAGGAUGAGGCUGGUACUGACUAUAGCUUAAGUGACUUAGAAUCUGACUCUAGUUCUGAAUCAGAAGGUUAUGAUUCUAAAGAAUUGGAAACAUUGAAAGUACAAAAAAAGAGAAAGAUAACUGAAGAACUUAAUGAGUACAAAGAGUUGUAUAAGGGUAUGAUCUUUAAGGACAUACCAGAAGCUAAAAAGUGCAUGGAGUUGUAUGCUUUGGCAAACAAGAAAAUAUUAGAGUUGUUGAAGAGUGACAAAAUAAGACUUAGGUAUAAAUGUGAUAUAUUUGGUUGUCCCUUUUUGUGUUUGAUAUCCAAAGUGAGGAAUGGUGGAGUUAAGAUCAAGACCUUAAAUACAGAACAUAGUUGUGGUGUUGCUUAUGAUAACAAUACUGUUGAUUUCAGUACUAUUGCACAAUAUUUCAAGCUUAAAUUACAGGAUAAUCCUAAGUCUAAGGUAAAGGAGAUGAUAGCAAAUUUGAAGAGGGUUUUUGAACUAAAUAUUAGUCAUGGAAUGUGUAAGAGAGCAAAGAGAAUGGUCUUGGAAAGCUUAGAUGGUAGUUUUAGUGAUGAGUAUAACAAACUUGAAGCUUAUGCAACUGAAUUGAGAGAUAGUAAUCCAGGCAGUGAUGUGGUUAUAAACCUUUCAAAGAAUGCACUUGAAGAAGGGAGAAGAAGAUUCUUGAGGAUGUAUAUUUGCUUUCAAGCUUUAAAGAUGGGUUUCAAGCGAGGGUUGAGACUUUUUAUUGGUCUAGAUGGCACUUUCUUAAAGGGGAAAGCUAAGGGCCAACUACUAGUGGCUGUUGGACAAGAUUCACAGAACCAUUUCUACCCUUUGGCUUGGGCAGUUGUUGACAAAGAGACAAAGAAUACAUGA